AAUGAAAAAUAUUUCUAUAUAUAGAAGCGUAGGAGUAUUAUAAUUUCAGUUUGAUGACAAGUCCAUUAUGAUUAAGUAUCACCAAAUCUCAUGUAACCAACUCAAAAUUUUUGUAAAAAUAGAAAAAAAUUGGACACAGAUAUUCAUUUGUUUGUUUAUUGAUUGGCGUAGUGAGAGUGAUCCGAGAAGGUCCUUGAAUGGUGGGCUAUAAUUCGAAUAUGGUAACAUCAGAUUCUGAAAUAAUAUCUCAACCAGAAAUGGAUCAGCCUAGAGAUGAGACAAGCCUUCAGUCGUUGGGGCGUCAAUCAUCGAUCUACUCUCUCACACUCGAUGAGUUCCAACACACUCUUUCUGAGAAUGGUACUAAGAACUUUGGAUCCAUGAACAUGGAUGAGUUCCUCAACAGCAUCUGGACCGCCGAGGAACAUCAAAAUCAAGCUCACGCGCACGGCCAAGCCCCACCCGACUGCCACCCUAAAGGUACUUGUGUUGGGAAUGGAAAAGCCAAGCAGUUGAGCUUGUCUAGACAGGGCUCACUCAACAUCCCGGAGCCUCUCUGUAGUAAGACCGUGGACGAGGUGUGGUCUGAGAUUCACCGCAGUCACCACCAUGGCAACGGCCAUAUUCCCAAUCCCAACACUGCUCAUAAACAACCUACUUUUGGAGAGAUGACGCUCGAAGAUUUCUUGAUACGGGCCGGGGUUGUCAGAGAACAGAAUCUGGCAGCUGCUGUGGCAGUGCCUCCUCCUCAUCCUCAGCAGCCGGCCUUCGGAAUGUACCAGAACAACAACAGCCAUCCUGCAAUGGGGCCAAGCUUCGUUGCAAGACCGGUGAUGGGUGUUGCAGGUUAUCAGCCACUGCAGACGGGUGUGGGGGACGCAGCAGGGUACGGAGGAGGGGUGAAAAGCUACUCACAAGGCCCUCCUCCAGCAGUCGGCUACGGAGGGAGAGUGGGAAAUGGAAGCGGAGGGGGAUUGGGAAUGGGGUCGCCAGUGAGCCCGUUGUCGGAUGGAAUGGGGGCGGGGCAAGUUGAGGGUGAAGUGGAUGGGAUGAGUGGAGGACGGAGGCGGGGCAUAGAGUGGCCGGUGGAGAAGGUGGUGGAGAGGCGCCAACGAAGAAUGAUCAAGAAUAGGGAGUCUGCAGCCAGAUCUAGGGCCAGGAAGCAGGCUUACACGGUCGAGCUCGAAGCAGAGUUGAACCAACUCAAAGAAGAGAAUUUAUAUCUGAAGCAGGCUCUGGAGGAGAUGGAGAGGAAAAGAAAAAUAGAACAGUAUUACGAGGAACAGGAGGCGCAAAAAUCAUUCAAAGGUAGUGAGAAACUAAGAGCAAUGAGGAGGAGUUUGAGUUGUCCUUACUGAAUGUGACGCGACGACGGUGAAUCCGUGACCAACGCUUAAGGAUGGUGAUAAAAGAAGAUAAUGGCGGCUAUAGAUCUCAUGUAUUGCAUUUCUUAGCGCUUGUGAGAGAAGAGAAUGUCUUACGCUUAUACCUCUUUCCAUUUGCAUCUUGUAUACUUUUUUCAAAUAUCACUACGUUGAGAAAA